AUGGCUAGUUUGGUUGAAAAUUAAACAAAUAAGCCUUAGCAAAAAGCUAAGAAGAGCUCUUAGAAAGAAAUUUAGGAGUUAGGUAUGUUUAAAAGUGAAGAUGAUAUGAUAAAUUUCUUUGAAGAUGAAAGAUAUAGAAAGUAUCACUAUUUAACCUACAAAGAAUACCUCGAAAUUUAUGGAAAGACCAUUGAUACUAACUUUUUACCAAAAAUUAACAAAAAAUUGAUUUACGGGCACUUCGAAUAUUUCAAUUACUGUUAUGACUAAACAUGGAAGUAUAAGUGGUAUCCUAUUUUCGGUAUGUUUGCACUUAAUUUAGUCAGAUUUAAGUCACCUAGUGUCAUCGGAACUCUUGCCUAUUUAUACACUUUUGACUAUUUCUUUGAGAAUUUUUUCCUACACAGAAAUAAUUAGAUUAGGUUUAUUGAUGUCAGAAACUCUUUUAGUUACCAUUUGAAUAAAAAGAAAUAUAUUAACCUUCGAUAGAAAUAUUUGGAAAAGUAUGUUUAAAUUGUUAAUAGAAACAUACAAUAAGGAGAAUACAAACAAUUCAAAGUUAGCAAAAUUACUGAUAAAAUUAUUAUUGGAAAAGACAAAUCUCGUAAAUUAGAUGAGGAUCUUGAAAUUUAGCAAGAAUAUGAGUCAUAUAACACCAUAACAAAUGAGGAUUUAAAGAAAAAAGAGGAAGAAAAGCUCCUUCAGAUUAUUUAAAAAAAUAAAUUCUAUCAAUUCUGCUUGAAAGUAUAAAACUAUGCUAACUUGUUUAUAUAAAAUGCAAAAGGAGGAAUUAAUUUUAAUUAAGCUCUUGAUGAUUUCUUCAAAGUUGGUAUUUACAACUUGGCAAACAAAUUCAGCAAAAAUUUUGCAUAAUUUUAGAAGGAAUUCGGUUAAUAUAAACAAGACAUAGGUACAUUCCCAACUAGAGGUGAUUACUUCUAAAUGCUUUAUUAUAAGGAACUUAACCAAAAUAAAGUGUACAAUUUAAAGGAUCAACUAAGAGAAAGAAUCAAUUAGUCUAUUGAUCUUUACAAUUAUGUCUUUAAAAACAAGCUUACAAAAUCAUUCGUUAAUAUUAAUUGGAUUCAUCCUGAACAUAUUGACGUUAAUCCCACCUAUAAAAUUAAUAGUUACUUGAUGGACUUUAUAACAUUCACAGUAAUUUGUUGUGUCCCUUUUAAAAUAUUUAAUUUUAGAUAGAAAACUAACCAAAUAAUGCUGUUGCUGAGAUAAUAAAAAGCAAAGUUUAAUAAUUAAUGA